AUAUGUCUGUAUUCUGUUUUCAUUUUUUGUGUUGUGAAGGAGAGCAUAUUUUUCUUUAUAAUUAUAAAAAAUAUUUAAAGAUAAUUACGCUAAUUAAAUUACACGAUUAUUGCAAUAAUUUAAGGGGGCUUCUAAGCAUUCAUGGGCCAAAUUAGUACUUAAUGGCAAUCUAAACGAUACUGUUGACCGACAUUCCUCUACUUUAACUGCCAACAUUCUAAUGGACAAGUGAAAAAUUGUUAAUAUUUUAUAAAAUACAAAAGGAAACUCAAAUUACUUAAGACAUUUAAAGCAAUGGAUUCCUCAACGUCGACAGCUGUGUGUGAUGAUGAUAUAGAUGUUCUUUUAGUUACUGCAAACGUAGGAAGUUUGUUUGAAGAUCCUCUUCGUCUUCUCCGUCCAUGGUUAGUAGUGUUUCUUCAAAAAGUGGAAGAACUACAACCAAAAUUUUUGGCACUACACUUACAGGAAGUUGGAGGAAAAACAUAUGAAAAAUCAAUGGAAUACGUUCAAGAAUUCAUAAAAAGUUUAUGCGAAGCCCCCCAAAUGUUAAAUUUUGAAUUUAUUCGUAUUUACAUGGAUGAAGAUUUUAAUUCCGCGGAACACUUUACGGCACUAGGAAAUCUUUAUUUUGUACACAAAAGUUUAAAAAUUGUGAAAAUGUGGAAUUUUCUUACACAUAGUUGGGAAUCAGCUGAAGGAAAAAACAUAUAUUCCGGAAACAUAGAAACCAUAUCAACUAAGGAAAAAUCGAAAUUCCCGCAACAUUUUUUUCCUGAGUGCAAAUGGUCUAGGAAAGGGUUCAUGAGGACACGUUGGGAUCUUAAUAACACUGUGUUUGAUCUAGUCAAUAUACAUCUCUUUCAUGAUGCAUCUAAUUUAGCAGCAUGUGAAGAAUUUCCGUCUGUUUAUUGCAAAACAAGGAGAAGAGCUUUAGUACAUACAUUAGAAAGAUUUCAUUUGGAUGAAAAAAAUGGAUUAGCGCCAUUUUUUGUUUUUGGAGACUUCAAUUUUAGAUGCGAUACAGAGGGAGUAAUAAAGGAAUUAACUGAAAAUCUAACUGCUCAUCGUAUACAUAGUACAAAAAAUGACUGUACAAAAGUUCAUUAUCGAAAUGCAGGCGGUGAUAAUAUUCUGACGGUUGGAAAGAAAGAAUUUAAUCAUGCAGAUCAUCAAUUAAAGUUUAAAGAAUCAUGGUUGAAAAAAUUUGAUCGUGAACUCGAACCCUUAACAGAAUUUUUAAUUGAGUUUCCAAUUAAUUUUCCACCAUCGUACCCUUAUGAAGAAGAUCCUGAAAUGCCAACCGAUUAUAUGUCUACUCGUUGCCCAUCCUGGUGCGAUCGUAUUCUAAUGAGUGUUCAAGCAAAAGAAAUAGUUCAUGAAACCGAAUCACCAAAUAUAUAUAGCAUAAUGGGUGAAGAGGUCUGCAUGGGAGAUCAUAAGCCUGUUUAUUUAAAUAUUCGCUUAAAAUCCAAUCAAGGUACUUAUAGAUGUUGUAGUUGCAAUUUAUUAAAUGCAAAUAACAACAAAUCAACAUCACAUCAAAUCCCAGCAGAUACUGUCACUCCAUUAUGUUGUGCUGCUGAGCAACAUACUACCAUAUCAAUGUACUGUCCACACCGAAGUAAAAUAUACAACGAAGUAAUCCAAGAAUGUAAAUAUCUUAAUAAAUAUAUUAAAUGUUUAUCAAAAACGAACCCAAAUGAUAAAAAUGAGAACGAUAACGUAAUAGACAGCGUUGCAGAGAAGUUGUAUCAAACAAAUACUAUUCAAUCUAGUCAAAUUGAUGGAAAUGUUGAAGGAUCUAUUAAAACUAAAUGGCCUCCAGUUAGCAUUAACAUCAUAGAUUCGGACAAUAUUCAUGUUUGCAUGUGUUCACAAAUUCCUAUUGAAAAUAAGGUAGAUAAUGAUGAUUCCGUCGAUGGAUCCAUCUGUCCAGAAUGUCAAAACAUUAUAAAAAAACAACCGGCAGAACCAAGAUAUCGGCUUAUUUCGAAACGCCUAAUGCUCUCUAACAAUAUUAUUGUUAAUCGCAUUGACACUCAGCAUCUGAGCACUUAUUUUGAUAUUUCUCAAAAACGACAAGACCCAUACACACCUGAAAGUGCGGAGUCACAUUCCCCGUGUCCAGAACUGAGUAGUUCCACCACCACAUCAAGUAACAGUAGAAGUCCUGCAAUGGACUGUCGACAAUUGUUGGAAGUAGAUUCUAAUAAAGUAGUUUUAAAACCAAAUAUUUUGUCAGAUUUGAAUAUAGAGAAUAUUAAGGGACAUGUAAAAAGUUCUAAACACGCGGAAGGAGUUGUUAAUUGUGACGAUGACAUUAAAAAACAACAGAGAGGAGUUGUGUCACCAGUUCAACUAAAAUCUCGACUCGAAGACUUACAAAAAAAAUCUUCCGUACAAAAUUUGAAAUUUAAAAGUAAGACAGAUGGUGGCACUGCUGGGAAUAGUGAUGUUGAAGAUGUUGAUGAUAUUUGCCAGACGACCAACGCAGGUGUUCAGCAGUAUCAUAAUAAUUGCUUGCCCAAAUGUUGUAAUAUUCACUAAAUGUUGUGUUAAUUUAUAGUACGUUAUGGCGGCAAUAGAAUAUCAAAUUUUCACUUUUGAACAAUACAGCGUAGAUUACGGUACCACUUUGUGAUUAGAUAAAACAAAUUGAACUACUGUUUACCGGUACCUUCACAUAUACAUACAUACUUGUUUCGGCAAAUGUUUUAACUUUAAUUGUCGUUUUCGAAUAUUAUAGUCGUAAAUACUAAACAUAGACCUCUCAAUUAUACACAGUUUAGUGUUGAUUUAAUUUUCUCAAAAUAAAUUUUAAACUAAGCGACUCGUUUUAUUAAAAUUCAUAUAAAUAAUUAAGUAUAGAUUCCAUUGCCGCCCUAAUUACAUACCUAUACAAAUAGCAUUGUUUAGAUCGUUUUCAACAUUAUAUUAUUGGCAGGCAUAUUUAAAUUUUCAAAUUAUUAUAAUUAGGGGUAUAUUUUUCAAAAGUUUCGCCAUAAAAUUUUUGUUUUCAGCAGUCAUAUUGAUGUUGCACUUUAAAUAAACAUUUUAAAUUUAUUAUCAGUGUAGUGCAUAAAACACUAGAUGGAUGCUUGCUUGUUUUUCAAAGAUAUCCAAAUAAACUUUAUUCAUUAUUAAUGCAUCUUUGGUUGUACAAAUUGAAUGAAUACACCUCUAAUGGAAUGUUUUGAAAGUGUGAAAAAGUGUUUCACAAACAUACAAACAUUAAUUACGAAAUAAUAAUUGCCACGAUAAAACGAUCUAAAUAAUUUCUAUUUUAACUCUUAUAUUAUUUUUAUUUGCAUUUUUAAUUUUUUAAUCAUAAGUUUUACUUAAUUUUAUUGCUGGUCAAUUUAUUUUAAAUUUUAGUAAUGAUUUAUAAAUCAUUUAAUUUAUUUAAUUACCUCGACUUUUUAACUUGGCAUUGCUGGUCAAAUGAGCAUAAACAUAAUUUUUAUACAAAUAUGAAUGUUGGGCUCAAAAACAAACAUGAAAAAGGUUUCCACUCAUGCCAAUUUUUCAUUAAUAUUUAAAGCGUAUGUAUAGAUUAGAUUGUAUUAAAAAAAUAUAUUAACACGGAUCAAUUGAAAGAGUUCCUUCCUUGUUCGACCUGCGUUUUAAACUGCAUAGAAAUAAAAAUAUUUAAAAUAUAUUUCACAUUUUUGAGAUACAUGUAUUGUUAAAAUUUCAAUUAUACAAACUUUGUAUUUUAUUAUUUAUAUAUGUAUUUUAAUUUAUAUAGUUCAACUAGUAGCGUCUUAUUUUUCUUGUAUUUAUCAAAUCACUCAAAUAUUUCUCUUGAAAGUGUAUUUUUACAUACAUUUAUUUACACAAAAGUAAAUAAAUUAGAUCUAACUGACUUUUAUAGAAUAGAGUACAUAAAGCGGAAACAUAAAUUGUAAAAAUGUAUUGAGUAAUUUCAAAAAAUUUCGAACAAAAAAGUAGAAUUUUGAUGAAAUUCGGUCCACACAUUCUAAACUAUCUAUCCGAUUUUAAUCGUUUUAGUCCCUAAUUGAAGGCUAUGUCUUGUAGUUUAGCUAUACUUUUGUUAAAAUAUUAUAGUUUAAAAAUAAGGAUAAUUAUAUUAUAUUGAAUUAAAGAUAUCUUCCAUUUUCUUUAUUCCGUCACCAAAAAGCUUACAAAAUUUCAGAAAAAGAUAAUGAGGGGAUCUUAAGUAAAUAAACUCUUACUAAAAUAAUCCACAUAAUUUCCAUACAAAUGUGAAAAUUUAUAGUUGUAUUUUUUGAUGAACACAAAAAUAAAUUUAAAAAUUUGAAACAAAAAAUAAGUUGUUCAUUAACAAAAAAAUAAAAUUUUUUGAAAUUUGUAUGGAAAUGAUGUGGAUUAUUUUACUAAAAGUUGAUUUACUAGAGAUCCUCUAAUUGUCCCAUUCACAUUUUUUCUAAUAAUGUUGAGUGCACUAUAAGCAAUCUUAUGUGAAGAAAUAAAGAAAAUGGAAAGUACCUUUUUGAGAUAUCCCUGAGUAAAGGACGUUUUUUGAUAUCAUUAUCCUUAUGUUAAAACUACAAUAUUUUAAAUAAAAUAUUGCCAAACAGUAAAACGAUUAAAAUCGGAUAAAUAGUUUAGAAAAUAUACGAUGUCAAUUCUUGUUGAAAAAAAUCUUUAAAAAAUGUGAACUUUGACCUUGAUAAAAUCUAAACCACAAUGAAUUUGGAAAUUUAGGAGAACUUUAAACUUCGUAUUAACACAAAGGAUGUGUGUACCAAGUUUCAUCAAAGUCGAAAUGGGUAAGGUACAAUACUUGUUCAAACAUUUUUGAAAUGCCCCAUUAGUAAAAUAUACUAAAAACAAAAAAAAAAAACAGCAAUCGUAUCUCUUUUUUAAUAAAGCUAAUGUUGUUGUGAUUUACUAUAAUAUUAAUUUACUUAUUCAUAAGAAUCAAACAA